AUGGCCUCCUUCGCCUUCAAGCCGUUGCAAGAAGCUCAGCUCCGGUUCUCAUCUUUCAUUCACUGUAAGUGCUAUUCAACUGUAAACCCGUUCAAUUUCCACCACUCGUUUAGUCUAUCUUCUUCUUCUUCUAGUAGACACGCAUGCAGUCCAAAGUUAUCACUGUUUCUUCGAGUCAGAGCUCAAAUUGCUACUCCCUUAGAAGCGAAAUUGCCUGGUGAUAAGCACCGGAAUGUCUCAACCAAUACUGUCAAAUAUAAAGCUAGAGAGCAAAAUAGUUCAGGGUCUUCUUCUUCUUCCAGUUCUACCCACAGAAGAAGAGGCCAAAGUUCUGUUGUAGAGGAUAAUGGUGAGAGAAGGGUUGUGCUUAAGGAUAGACAUGCGAGGACUAGAACGAAUUCUGAAAACAGAAGAGAAAUGGGUUCUCAAUUUUCUUCUAUGAGGUCCAAGGAUGGAGGAAGAGGGAGAAGUUCUGGUAAGAAAAGUCAGGAUAGUCAAAAGGCUGGUGGGGAAAAGUGCUCAGACAUGGGGGAUGUCAAUCAUCUUGAGAGGGGGGGAAGAAGGUCUAGGAAAAUUAAGGAUGAAUCCCCAGAAAAUACACUGAGGGUUGGGCUAGACAUGUGUUCCAAAACUGGGGAUGUCACCGCUGCAAUUAAGCUUUAUGAUUUGGCUAGGAAAGAAGAACUGAAGUUAGGGCAGUACCAUUAUGCUGUACUUCUCUAUCUUUGUUCUUCUGCUGCUGGUGGCGUUCUGCAGCCCGCAAAAAGUGGAAGCAGAAAUAGGAAAUUGACUCCUCCUGGUUUCUCCAAGGAUGCAUCUUUUGACGACUCUGACAGUCUAAUUGAGCAACCAAAAAAUGAAAAUUUUGACACAAGUAUGUUUGAUAGUAACUUUCUUGCAGAAAGGUCUGAUAAAGAGGAUUUGAAAUUUAAUGGUUUUCCAGAAGAAGUUAAGAAUGAUUCAAAAACUGUAAACAAUGGACUUGCGGAACCUUAUCCUGAAACUCUGGAUGAGAUAGUUCUGUUGUUGAAGUCCAAUGCGGAUCGUAAAAGCAUAUCAGGUGUCGAAGGGGAGCAAGGAGAUUCAGGAAUCGAAGUCAGUGAGGAUAUCAAGAAUUAUGCCCUCAAAAGGGGUUUUGAAAUCUAUGAGAAUAUGCUGCUGGAAAAGGUCCCCAUGAAUGAAGCAACAUUCACAUCUGUAGCUAGAAUGGCGAUGUCACAAGGUGAUGGUGACAUGGCCUUUGAAAUUGUAAAGCAGAUGAAAGAGUUAGGAAUAACUCCUCGACUACGCUCUUAUGGCCCUGCUUUGUCUGUUUUUUGCGAUAGUGGAGAUGUUGAGAAAGCGUUUCUUGUUGAACAGCAUAUGCUGGAGCAAAGUAUCUCUCCGGAAGAGCCUGAGCUGGAGGCACUUUUAAGAGUAAGUGUAGAAGCUGGGAGGAGUGAUAAAGUCUACUAUUUGUUGCAUAAAUUGAGAACAAAUGUGAGGCAGGUCACUCCUUCUACUGCAGAUGUGAUCGAGAAGUGGUUCAGAAGCAAUGUAGCUUCCAAAGUAGGGAAAAAGAAAUGGAGUCAAAAAAUGAUAACGGAAGCAAUUACAAACGGAGGAGGAGGUUGGCAUGGACAGGGCUGGUUAGGCAUGGGAAAAUGGAGUGUCUCCCGUACCUCUGUAGGAUCUGAUGGUUUCUGCAGAUGCUGUGGAGAAAAAUUAGCCACAAUCGAUCUUGAUCCUGCAGAGACAGAAAAUUUUGCCAAAUCUGUGGCUUCCUUGGCUUUACAGAGAGAGAAAACUUCACACUUUGAAAAGUUUCAAAAAUGGCUUGAUUAUUAUGGACCAUUUGAAGCAAUUGUGGAUGCAGCAAAUAUAGGCCUCUACAGUCAAAGAAGCUUCAAACCAUCCAAGGUUAAUGCAGUUGUGAAUGGGAUUCGUCAAAUGCUACCAUCCAAGAGAUGGCCACUCAUUAUUUUGCAUAAUAGGCGUAUUAAUGGAGAUCAGAAGAUGAAUGAACCGGUGAAUAAAGCAAUCAUUGAGAGGUGGAGAAAUGCAGAUGCACUGUAUGCAACACCUACUGGAUCUAAUGAUGACUGGUACUGGUUAUAUGCAGCUAUAAAGUUCAAAUGUCUAAUUGUCACCAAUGACGAGAUGAGGGAUCACUUGUUUCAGCUUUUGGGAAAGGAUUUCUUUCCUAAAUGGAAAGAAAGGCAUCAGGUUCGUUUCAGCUUCGCUGAAACAGGUCCAGUUUUUCACAUGCCACCUCCAUGUUCAGUUGUAAUUCAGGAAUCGGAGAAAGGCCAUUGGCAUGUCCCAAUUGAAUCAGAAGAUUCAGAAUUCCAGUCUUACGGGGAGAGAACAUGGCUGUGUAUUACACGGGCCGCCUCACGUGCAACCGGCCUGACAUCUUCAAUCAUACACAACGAUGUCCAUGACCUUGGCAAUAGGAAAAAACGGACAAGCUCGAGCAAUGGAAGAAUCUUGACAACUUGUUUACAUGGUAACCAUGAUCACGGUAAACAGGCACCUCCGGAAACAUACAAGAAACUUAAGAACAUUCUGUCAUCAUCAUUAAUAUCUGAUAGUGAUUCCAUCCUUCCGGAUUUGGAGGAUGCAGAAAAUUUUGGUGGCUGGACUAUUGAUUUUCAAAUAUAA